GUUACUGUCUGCCUGUCCUCUAGGCUGCUGUCUGCCUGUCUUCUGUGGGUCUGUCUGCCCUGUACUAUCUGUCCUCUAUGGUACUGUCUGCCUGUCCUCUAGUACUAUCUGUCUGUCCUUUAUGGUUCUGUCUGUCUUUUUUGCACCAUGCAGUCUAUCCACCUUCAAAAUCUAAUAGUAAUAUGUCUGUCCCAGGUGUCUGGAGCUGAAACCAGACAAUUUGAAUGCUCUGAUGGCUCUAGCUGUGAGUUUCACCAACGAAUGUCUCCAGCAGCAGGCGUGUCACACACUGCGAUUGUGGCUGAAGCACAGCCCCAAGUACAGUCACUUGGUUAAAGAUGAGACUCCUGAGGGUGAAACACAGAGGGUACGAACCCUGGGGACUUUGUUAUCAGAUUCUUUGUUCUCAGAGGUGCGGGAGCUGUUUCUAUCUGCUGUGCGUAUUGAUCCAUCUCAUGUGGACCCCGAUGUGCAGUGUGGUCUUGGUGUUCUAUUUAAUUUGAGCGGAGAGUAUCAGAAAGCUGUGGAUUGUUUCACUGCUGCCCUGAGCCAGAGGCCAGAUGAUUACUUACUCUGGAACAAGUUAGGCGCCACACUUGCUAAUGGCAGUGACAGUGAGGCCGCAGUAGAGGCGUACGGAAGAGCUCUGCAAUUACAGCCAGGAUUCAUACGCUCAAGAUACAACCUAGGCAUUGCCUGUAUCAAUCUGGGGGCACAUAGGGAGGCUGUGGAGCACUUUCUGGAGGCUUUGAACAUGCAGCAGCAAAGCGGAGGAUCAGGAAAUGCAAUGUCUGACAAUAUCUGGAGCACCUUGCGGAUGGCCCUUUCCAUGAUGGGGCAGAGUGAGCUGUAUGCCGCAGCGGACGCCCGUGACCUUGCAGCACUUCAGGCUGCUUUUCCACCACAUGCUACCCCGCAAUGACCUCUGCUGGACCCUUUGCAGUGUGAGUGCAUGUUGGGAGGUCUCCCACAAUGCACUUAUUUAGGGAAAAUAGUGUUCCCAUCAUUGAUUGGGGGUGCCACAGCUGUAAGGAAGUAAUCCAAAGAUUCUUCUGGUGGGGAUCCACCCACAGUCCAUCUGUGCUCUCCUCUGAUUGGCUGCUACAGAAGGGACAACUUUAAUUAACCUUUUAAUUGUAUUUAAUUGCUGAUCCUGCUACCAUUUUAUAAACAAGAAGUGAUUUCACUGCUCAGGUCAAUUCCUAGCAAAGGUCUUGCUUGCGUAUUUAGACACAGUAUUGUCUGCUGGUCAGAGAGAGAGUGUUUGCUAUAAGGGAGAUUAGACCCUGUUAUUGUACACUGCAGGAGAGAUUAGACCCUGUUAUUGUAUGUUAUGGGGAGAUUAGACCCUGUUAUUGUACACUGCGGGGGAGAUAAAGCCCUGUUAUUGUACAUUUCAGGAGCAAUCAGACCCUGUUAUUGUACACUGCAGGAUAGAUCAGACCCUGUUAUUGUACACUGCAGGAAAGAUCAGACCCAGCUAUUGUACACUGCGGGGGAGAUUAAGCCCUGUUUUUGUACACUGCGGAAGCAAUCAGACCCUGUUAUUGUACACGUCUGGGUAGAUCAGAUCCUGUUAUUGUACACCAUCAGAGACUAGACCCUGUAUUGUACACCGCUGCAGGAGAUUACACCUUGUAUUUUACAUUGUGGGAGGAUCAGGCCGCUGAGACCCUGUAUUGUAUGCUGUGGGCACAUGAAAUCUGACCUGAAGUACUGGGAGCGGAAGAUUAAACCCUGUAUUGUACACUGUGUGGGAGAUCAGGCCCUGUAUCAUACAGUGUGUAAUAUCUGAUAUCAUUAAUUAAACAAUAACUUGUAUCGUGCACAUGAAUCGCAAGUGGAAAAUAUUAAUGGAAACAAUGGUACUGUGGUUGUAAAUAAAUAAUAUGACAUUUGUGAAGCUGUUACCCCACUGAUGAUAUCCCACUGCUGCCACCAUGUGUUGUAUACACUCUAAGCUCCCUAUCACCCUGGACACGGGAGUUGUUUACAGUAGACCACUAAUCAAUCAGCACUUGAAGAAUUUGCUACCUGAAGGUGAAUCUGCAUUUAAAGGUUGCACAGGACUCCAUUGUGAUAUCUCUGAUCUGUAUCACAUUACUGUAAAGAAUUAGUCUACAAUAUUUGUAAUAAUAAAAUGUAUUAUAUACAGUUA